AGCAUGUUGGAAGAAGAUGAUGAUGAGGCAUGUUGGAAUAACCUGGAGAACUUCCGGGUGAAGCUGAUCUCUGUGAUAGACCCUUCCCGUAUAACACCCUAUCUUCGCCAGUGCAAAGUCAUCAGCCAUGAUGAUGAGGAACAAGUUCUUAAUGACCCCAGCCUGGUCAUGCGCAAACGGAAGGCAGGAGUUCUUCUGGACAUUCUUCAGCGAACGGGACGCAAGGGCUUUGAGGCAUUUCUGGAGAGUCUUGAGCUUUAUUAUCCACAACUGUACAAGAAAAUAACUGGCAAGGAGCCCAGCAGAGUUUUCUCUAUGAUUAUAGACACGGCUGGGGAGUCCGGCCUGAGCCAGCUGCUGAUGAACGAGAUCAUGAAGCUGCAGAGCACUGUGCAGGAGGAGCGGCGGAAGGCCCAGGAGCUCACCGUGUGGCUGCACACCAAGGAAGACACCAUCAGAGAGAUGUGGGUGAGGGACAGCCUGCUCCGCAAGCACCAGGAGCGGGCGCAGAAGAUGAAGGAGGAGAGGGACAGCCUGAGCAAGGAGCUGCGGAAGUGCAAGGACGAGAACUACAACCUGGCACUGAGCUAUGCCAAACAAAGUGAGGAGAAGAGCGCUGCCCUCAUGAAGAACCGGGACCUGAUCCUAGAGAUCGAUCACUUGAAGCACAGCCUCAUGAAGGCUGAGGAUGACUGCAAACUGGAGCGUAAGCACACGAUGAAACUGAAGCACGCCAUAGAGCAGCGUCCAAGCCAUGAGGUGAUGUGGGAGAUCCAGCAGGAGAAGGAGUUGCUCUUGGCCAAGAACCAGGAGCUGGAGAACACUCUCCAGCAGGUUGCUAGGGAGCAGAAUUUGGAGAAGAGCAUCUCCAACGCGACUCUGGAGAAUGACUGUAGCCAGAUCCUAGAAGAACGCCGGGAGCUGAUGAACACCAUUUACAGCCUUCGCAAGGAGCUGCGGCAAGCUGAGGUGCUCCAAGACAAAUAUGCAGAAGAAAAAGAGAUGCUUGAACUACAGUGCACGUCUCUGAGGAAGGACUCCCAGAUGUAUAAAAAACGGAUUGAAGCUGUCUUGCAGCAGAUGGAGGAGGUGGCUUCAGAAAGAGAUCAGGCACUGCUGACCCGAGAACAGUUCUAUACGCAGUACUCCAAGAACCUGGUUGAGAGGGAUGCUUACCGCAAGCAGAUUCGGGAGCUGGGGGAGCGAUGUGACGAAAUGCAACUGCAGCUCUUCCAAAAGGAGAGUCAGUUACUGGCUACUGAAGCCAAGCUGAAAAGGUUGCAACUGGAGCUCCCCACACCGACCUCUGACCUGGACGAUACCUCCUCCAGAGACUCCCAGGAACUUACUCUUCACGGUCAUCUAGAUGAAGAUACACACCCGACUAAAAAAGAUUGCCCUGAAGGACAAAACCAGCAGUUUAGCACUCGAGAGAGCAGUCUGCCUCCGAAGUCACCCAGUUUCAAGGAGUGUGGUUUAGCCAAUGAGGAACCGGCAGAAAAGGAGCGAAGGAGGAUGAAGGACUGCUUUGAGCGUUAUCGAAGAAAAAGGGCACUGCGGAGGGUCCCGAGGGACCGGCACCACGAGGCCGACUGGGAGCACACCACUGGCAGCGACAACACCGACACGGAGGGCUGCUGA